AUGUCAGUGCCAGGCAAAUUGACUCUGUGUGUGGGCAUGCCAGUGAUGAUCAAGAUCAAUGAAGCAACUGAAUGCUGUGUGACCAAUGGAGCAGAGGGUGUGGUUGUUGGCUGGAAGUCCAGACCCAUCAGUGAGGACAAGGAAGCCCUGGAAACUCUGUUUGUCAAGCUCACUGCUGCACCUACCACUGUGAAAUUGGAUGGAUUGCCAGAGAAUGUGGUGCCCAUCAGCCACCAGUCACGCAAGAUCAGGUGCAAGAUGCCCAAUGGAAAUUUCCUGUCCAUUUCCUGUGAUCAGGUAUCAGUCAUUCCCAACUUUGCCAUGACAGACUUUGGAUCCCAGGGACGUACACGGCCACAUAAUGUGUGUGAUCUGCAAAAUUGCCGCUCUCACCAGUCAAUCUACACAUGCCUGUCCAGAGGAUCUACAUACAAUGGGACCAUUAUUGUGCAGCCAUUUGACCCAAGAAAGCUGACUGGAGGAAUAUCUGGAAGUCUGCGCCAG